CUGGGUUUAGUAACGGUGGUACAAUGAAGCGUAUCAAACUCUGUACACAAGGAACUGGGCGAGCAAAGGGUUGAUCUAGCCGUCUCCACUGAUUCGCGAGCUACAAUGUUGCAAGAAUAGCGCAGCACAGCAUAGUCGCUUUGGCUAUUGCCUUUGUUGAAGGAUUUUAGCCUUGUUUGCAUAGAGGCAAUGUUCGCUUCUUGUUACUUUCCGCCAAUGUCUUUUUAGUUAUAUUGGUAAAAUUAGGCUAAAUGUUCCGUGUAUGAAGACAGUAGCCUACUUUCGUGGCGGAAUUGGAAGAAAUAGUGUGGUCAUAAAUACGUCAACAUGUCAAGCGAGCAGGUGUUCAGCUGGACAGUAGUAGUCCUGACCUGUCAACAUAAAGAUAGCGUUUAUGCCUUUCAAAGAGGUGUGUGUGUGUGUGUGUGCGUCUCAGAGCUGGAGGUCCGGCAGCAGCGUGGAGGUCUCUUACAGGGGACGUUACUGCUCACUGUGUCAGACCCCCAGGAGCCUGGACUGGGCAGUGGGGGAGCCACUCUCAAUGCACUGCUGGUGGCAGCCGAACACCUGAGUGCCAGAGCUGGAUACACUGUUGUUACCGCGGAUGUCCUUGAUGAUGCCCAUAUCCUGAUCUUGCACACGGGACGUGACUUUCCCUGGGAUAGCUGUGGCAGGGCCUUCUGCUGGCUGCCUGUGGAAAAGCCAGCUCAGACUGUGCAGGGACCUGUCUGCUGCCUGGAUAUUCUGCUAGACUGCCUUUCCAAUCAGGUGUGUCCUGGUUCUCCCCCGGGUGUUUGGGUGUGCAGCACUGACAUGAUCCUGACCAUGCCAACUACCUUCAAAAUGUCAUGGGACGGUUUUUCUGGGGUCCGUGUGUUGGCACUACCUAGUGAUGUCUCUUACGCCGCCAAUCAUGGAGUCUACUUCGCUGAUGAGCAGGGUAGAGUACGUGACAUCAUCUACAAGGGGACAGAGGAGAGGAUUCGCCAAGCCGCACAGCCUGAUGGGAUGGUGCCACUGGUGUCAGGGCCUGUGUUCUUCUGCAGGAGGGUACUAGAGCGAUUGCUGAAGGCCCAUGUUACCUCUCCCCUUGAUGGUUGCACGUACAUGGGCAUGGACUCAGGGGCACCACCCCUUCAGAUCUCCCUCUUUCUGGAUUUGUUGAUGUGUCUUUGCUCAGACCUGAGUGAGUCCGAGUUUGUGAAUGGGGAGAGGUCGGGCUGCAGUUCCCCCAUCAGUCAACAGGGAGCAGUAGUGAGGAGCGCACGGGCCUUGCUAUGGAGGAUACUGAGAGGCACCACUCUCCAUAUGGUUUACGUUCCUGGCGGUUGCUACGACUACCUGACUCUGUCCGGUAGAGAGCACAUUGGCCGCCUGACAAAGAUGGGGACAGAGAGAGACACUCUGUCACACAUACAGAAUGCCCAGUGUGUGAGUGAUGGAGGCAGGGUGAUCAACAGUGUUCUGGAGGGGGACGUCAUUGUUGCAUCAGGAGCAGUAAUCCAGCACUGCCACCUUCAGGGUCCAGUGGAGGUGCAUUCAGGUUGUUUACUAUCAGGCCUGGAAGUGACCUCAUCAUCGCACAUCCAGCAGCUGGCCUUAACCAAUGACCACAUCAUCCAAGGGCACCACAUACAACUGGGAGAGAUGAAGGUCACUGUUUAUACAGUGCUGGGGGCUAACGAUGAUCUCAAGGUUUCCUGUGAUGACGAUGGUGCCACCUUCCUGAACCACAGAUGGAGUGACUUCUACAGCCGCACUGGAAUACAGCCUGAGGAUCUGUGGGUGUCCGGGAGGUCCCAGUCCCUCAUGGAGGCACGCCUGUUCCCAGUCUUCCAGCCGCGGGGGGGCGCGGUGGGGCUGGAUGUGGGGGUGUGCUGGCUGCUGGGUGGGCCAGGGGCACUGGAGCAGUGGAGGGCCGCCUGGAGGCUCUCUCUCCGAGAGGUCCUUUCCCUUACUGACCAGGAGGGGGAGCUGCGCUGGAGGGAGGCGCUGUUCUUCCAGGUGGGGAGGAGGAGAGUGAUGGACAACUUGAAGGGCCAGAGCGAUCGUGGGCUGUUGCCCAGCUUCAGGGCUGCCGUGCUUGGAGGCCAGCAUGAGGAGCUCCUCUGCACACUAGACUCCAUUGCAGCGGGCAGCAGGGAGAACCUGGGAGUGGCGGCCCGCUGCCUGGCCUGUAUAGCUGACGUGCUGGCUUGCAUGGCCGGGGAGGGCCGAGGGGGGCUGAGGAGCGGGCCGGCUGCUAACCCCGCCUGGAGCCAUGCCUUCUCCGUCCUGGAGCAGGGAGACCUGCUGGGUGGCGUCCAGGCCCUGGCCACCGAGAGAGCCAAAUGGCUCAGCAGGCCACACUUGCUGGUGCGUGCUGCACGGCACUAUGAGGGGGCCGGGCAAGUGCUGCUACGACAGGCUGUGAUGUCAUCACAGAGAUUUAUCUCCAUUGGUCAAGGCGAGGUUCCACCCCUUGGGGAAUGGCAAGAUGUGGAGUGUCCUGCCAGAUUGGACCUCUCAGGUGGCUGGAGUGAUACUCCGCCCAUUGCCUUUGAACAUGGUGGCGCAGUGGUCAACGUGGCGGUGAAGGUCGACGGGAGACGGCCCAUUGGUGCCCGAGCUCGUCGCAUCAAAGAGCCCCGUCUGCUAUUGGUUAGUUCCAAUGGAGUGCAGGACGAUGCUGUCGCCAUGGAGAUAGUUUGCGAGAGGCUGGAGGAUCUGAAAGACCACUGUGUGCCACAUGCACCUGGUGCCCUGUUGAAGGCGGUGUGUGUGUGCAGCGGCCUGGUCACCUAUCCCUCUCGGCAGUCCCUGGAGGAGCAGCUCUUGCAGCGCUGGGGCGGAGGGGUGGAGAUCCACACCUGGUCCCUCCUGCCCCACGGUUCAGGACUGGGUACCAGUAGUAUCUUGGCGGGAGCGGUGCUGGCAGCCGUCUACAGAUGCACGGGGCGAACCUACGACACAGACUCCCUCAUUCACGCUGUUCUCCACCUGGAGCAGAUGCUGACCACUGGUGGUGGUUGGCAGGACCAGGUCGGAGGCUUGGUGGGGGGAGUAAAGGUGGCGCGCUCCAAAGCCUGUCUUCCCCUCCGGGUGGAAGUGGAACGUCUCACUCUCUCAGAGGACUUUCUGCUCUCACUUCAACAGCACCUCCUGCUGGUCUACACCGGCAAGACACGGCUUGCACGAAACUUGCUGCAGGACACUGUGCGGCGCUGGUACAGCCGUGUGCCCUCCAUCGUGGAGAACGCCGGGCAGCUAGUGGACAACGCAGAAGAGUGUGCCCUUGCAUGUACAGAAGGCUCUCUCCCUAGGCUGGGGGCUUGUCUGGAGCGUUACUGGGGCCAGAAGAAGGUGAUGGCUCCGGGGUGUGAGCCGGCAGCGGUGCGGAUCAUGAUGGAUGCCCUGCGCCCGCUGGCCCUGGGACAGACGCUGGCGGGGGCGGGGGGAGGGGGCUUCCUCUACCUGCUGACCCGCCAGCCACAGCAGGGGGAGGUGGUGCGUCAGGUCCUCAACAACAUACAAGGCCUCCGAGACUUCAGUGUCCAUCUAGUUGAGCUGGACAUGGACGGCAUCUCACUGCUGAAGUCUUCCUGACACAGACAGACUUCUGGACCCUAAGCCAUUUUUAUACAAAUGUAUACAGUGGGGAAAAAAA